GUGGAGUUGUGUGCUUUCCUGAGUGGACCGAAGUGCUUGCUAUAGCAGCUGACUGGUAUACUGACUCUGUCUUCAUUUCACCUCCUCACCCACCAGCCCUGUCUGCUUUGACUAACUGACUCACUGGAUUUCCCCCAGAUGUGAUGCUCCUGUCUUGUAUUGUUCCCCCCUGAGGCUGUACACCUAGUGUUUCAGAGAGGACUCUACCUUUACUGCUCUGUGGAUUCUACUAAAGGAUUUUUAUCCUACCUCUGGGGUUUGUGUAGUUUUAGUGCAGUAUGUCAGACAAAGUGAGCGUGGGGAUAUGUGUAAAUGUGUGUGAAGAUGUGUAUGUAGCUGCUAUGUGUGAGUGAGUAAAUUUGUGUGUAAAAGUGUGUGUGCAUCUCGAGGAACAAAAGGAAAAUAAUAGUUUUUCUUCCUGGAAUAGAUAGAUGGAAUAGAUAGAUGGAAUAGAUAGAUGGAAUAGAUAGAUGGAAUAGAUAGAUGGAAUAGAUAGAUGGAAUAGAUAGAUGGGAUACAUUGUUGGACAGUAAUAGUGUUGAGGAGGUAUCCAUGGGACACUUUGCGCUUCGGACCAUGACUGGGUCAGGUGGACACUGAGAGGGAACGCUGUUGCCUUGGAUGCAGAAGGAGAGGUUCCAGUGUGAGAAGCUGCUUCAGUCCCAUCAGAGCUGAGAGGUGUACGGUACAGCAGACGCAGAACAGGGAACACCUGAUUGGAGAGGAGCGUGACGACAACAUCCCAACCCAUUCCAACGCUAGCCGUGCCAGGCUACUGCCAACCCCAGGACGCCAUGAUGAUGACCGUAAUGAUGAUGAUGGCGAUGAUGGUGACAUGUAGCUCCCUGCUCCUCUUGGGGCUCAAGGCCUCCCAGGUCUCGUCCAGUGGAAUCCCCAAGACCAGCGACUCCUCUUCACCCUCCUCAUCCUCCUCACACCCAUUCUCCUCCUCCUCCCCUCGCAUGAAGCUCUCCUACAAAGAGCUGCAGCAGUUCCAUGGCGUGCGGCGGUUUGAGCUGGAGCGCUCGUGCUGUUUCAGCGCUCUUUUAUUGGAUGAGGAGAGAGGACGGCUGUUCGUGGGCGCACGCAACUUCCUCUUGUCACUCAGCCUGGAUAACAUCGCCAAGCAGGAGCACAAGAUCUACUGGCCAGCCCCGGUGGACUGGAGGGAGGAGUGUAACUGGGCAGGAAAGGACAUCAAUACAGACUGUGUGAACUAUGUGAAGAUAGUGCACCACUACAACCGCACCCACCUAUAUGCCUGUGGAACCGGGGCCUUCCACCCCACCUGCGCCUUCGUAGAGGUGGGACAGAAGAUGGAGGACUAUGUGUUCAGGAUUGACCUGUCCAAGGUGGAGGAUGGGAAAGGGAAAAGUCCAUAUGACCCCCGUCACCCUGCAGCCUCAGUACUGAUAGGUGAUGAGCUGUAUGCGGGUGUGGCCACAGACCUCAUGGGACGAGACUUCACCAUCUUCCGCAGUCUGGGGGGACGACCAUCCAUCCGCACUGAACAACACGACUCACGCUGGCUCAACGAGCCUAAGUUUGUGGGUUCGUUCUGGGUGCCAGAGAGUGAGAACCCAGACGAUGAUAAGAUCUUCUUCUUCUUCCGGGAGACGGCGGUGGAGGCUCAGGGUCUGGGGAAGUCCACCUACUCCCGCAUCGGACAGCUCUGCAGGAAUGAUAUGGGUGGCCAGCGUAGUCUGGUCAAUAAGUGGACCACCUUCCUGAAGACUCGUCUCAUCUGUUCUGUGCCAGGCAGUGACGGCAGUGACACCUACUUUGAUGAGCUCCGGGACGUAUUCUUGCUGCAGACCAGGGACAGGAAGAACCCUCUGGUCUACACCGUCUUCUCUACCUCUAGCAGUGUAUUCAAGGGAUCAGCCGUGUGUAUCUACACCAUGAAUGACAUCCGCAGGGCCUUCCUGGGGCCCUUCGCCCACAAAGAGGGGCCAAACUAUCAGUGGGUCCCCUUCCAGGGCAAAGUCCCCUACCCACGCCCUGGCAUGUGCCCCAGCAAGACGUUCGGCAGUUUCGAGUCCACCAAGGGUUUCCCUGACGACGUGAUCCAGUUUGCACGUCACCACCCUCUGAUGUUUAACCCUGUAUACCCCCUGAACCGCCGGCCAGUCUUCCUGAGGACCAACGUAGACUACAGCUUCACCCAGAUCGCUGUGGACCGGGUGGGCGCCGCCGACGGGCAGUAUGACGUCAUGUUCAUUGGCACAGACAAAGGGACCGUGCUGAAGGUGAUCUCUGUACCUAAAGAGAGCUGGAAGAACAUGGAGGACCUGCUACUGGAAGAGCUAGAGGUGUUCAAGGAUGCCUCAUCCAUCAUUAACAUGCAGAUCUCCUCAAAGCGGCAACAGCUGUAUGUGGGUUCAGACACGGGUCUGGCCCAGGUUCCUCUGCAUCGCUGCAGUGUCUAUGGGAAGGCCUGUGCUGAGUGCUGCCUGGCCAGAGACCCAUACUGCGCCUGGGACGGCACCUCUUGCACCCGCUACCUUCCCAACACCAAACGGCGUUUCCGUCGUCAGGACGUGAGGAAUGGAGACCCCAACACCCUGUGUUCAGGAGACCACCACAAGCACCGCGUGGCAGAGAGGAGGCUGUUUGGGGUGGAGGGGAGCAGUACCUUCCUGGAGUGUAUCCCCAAAUCCCUGCAGGCCAGAGUGACCUGGACCUUCCAGAAACACCCCCACAACCCCAGGGAAGAGCUGCGUCUAGAUGACCGUGUCCUGCACACAGAGCGGGGACUGUUGGUAAGGAGGGUACUGAAACGUGACACGGGCCUCUACCAGUGCCACGCCAUGGAGCACGGCUUCACCCAGACCCUACUGGACAUCACACUGGAGGUAGUACCCUCUUCCUCCUCCCCCUCUCCACCCGCUGACCCUCUCCUCCGAUUGGACCCCCGUAGCGGCGGCCCACCCUCCACCAGUCAGAAGAUGUGGUACCGGGACUUCAUGCAGCUGGUGGACCACCCCAAUCUUAGCACCGUGGACCAGAUCUGCGAGCAGGUCUGGGCGCGCAAGAAUGCCCAAUCGGGAAAGAGCUUCCCGGCUUCUCCUGCCAAACAGGCCCCGCCCCUCGGCCCUGUGGUCCAGGCCCCUAACAAGAAGUGGAAGCAUCUUCAGGACAUCCGCAAGGGGAGGAACCGCCGAACCCACGACGGGAAGCCCUCCCCACGAGCACCGCGAAGCGCAGGGGAGUAACAACAGUCAGAGAGAGGAGAAGGAGAGGGACUGAUACAGACAGAGUUUAGGGAGAGAGGAAAAAAGAGGAGGAAAAGAGAGGGACAGAGACUGAUAGAGACCAAGGACUUAUGGAGGAGGUCAACCACACACACACAGCACCUCCUUCUUUGUGAAUAUUUACCUUCCGACACCCCACUAUCUACUGCCCCAUGAUGCUUCACUCUUCCCUGACACCUGACCCCUGACUACCACCCCUUGCUUGUAUUGCCUCCUAUUAAUACCCCAUCCUAAUUCUAUCUGCCCCAGCUGUCAGUCACUUUGUAUGCACUCUGCUGGAGAGCUUCUGAUAGAGACCUCACCACAGCAGAAUAAACUGAACAGACAGCCAGACAGACAGACAGACAGACAGACAGACAGCCAGACAGACAGCCUGACAAGUUAAAGGAUGGCUCAGUGUGUGUAACUCAAUCUCUCAACGGAAAUACAACUGGCUCGUAACUGGAAUAUCAGAACGGAAACAGACAUACACACAUUUACAACCCAUGAUGACAAUGAAUUUGAUGAUGAUAUGGAUGACAAAUCGUGAGAUGGACAAAAACAAUGGGAUCAAGACAGAAUACGCAUAACUCCAAAUACAGAUUGAUCCACGUAGAUAUAAUCACAUUUCACGUGUUUUAUAUGCAAAGAUAACAUAAUGUAGACGUGUGCUUUGUGGUAGAGCUAGGCUUUGAUAUACUUCUUAGCAUUCUGGUCCAAACAACUACAGAUUGGAGAAGGCGCUAUACUGUCAUUCCAGUAUAUAUAGAGUACUCACAAUGAGGGUAGAUUCUGAAGCAGAGAGAGUGUACAGGAUCAAUAGAAUGGUUCUAUUGUGAUUUUGUUUUACAAAAUGGCUGACAAGGUAGAGCAAGUGGAAGGUAUUCUACAUAUAUGUUCAUGGGGUGACAAGAAAUAUGUUUUGUGUUUUAUUGAGUCUUUUAUUUAAAUGACCUGUGUGUAUUUUCUGAUUGUAAUGACUUGUGUUGUGUGCUGACACAAUGACAUGUGGGAGUUGAGAUGGUACUAGUGACAGACUGCUCAACAUCAAUGUGUAGGUGGGAUUGCAAGGCCUUGUGAAAGAAUAGUAGACUUUAAAUACGACAUCCCAUCUUUGGGCUAAAAGCAUGAUAUUUAUGUGUGAAAACAUCUUGAUUCUUAUUCUAAAUGGUACCUACUUUGUUCAUUUACACUGUUUAUGUAGACGUGUGUGUCUGUGUGCGUGUGUGUGUGCGUGUGUGAGCGCGCGUGUUGGCAAGAGAGCUGAAGAGUGUUUCUGGUCAAUUCCCUGCUACGUAAUAUGUCCAUUAUAUCAUAAACACAUACAGACAAAUAUCACCACUGAGGUGCCAAGAAUUGCAAAUAAAUGACAGUUUUGUCUGAAUUCAAAGACAAUAAUCAGGUACAAUAAAACAAAAUGAUAAAGUACAGACAUUAUAAGAACUCCCCUCCUUGUUGCUUUUUCUGUAGUCCCGUCUCUGUGUGUCAAUUACACAGGAUACCGUUGCUGCCUUGUGUUCAGCAAAACCUGUUUGUCCUCUGUGAAGUGGUGUGAGUAGAGCGCAACCUAGUGAUUUUUCCGUGUACAGACCUGGCCUGGUCCAAGGACUUUCUGUGGUGAUUCAAUAUACUGACAUAUAGUCUGUUGUGAAAGACAAGUGGCUUUGUAAAAUAAAACAUGCUUUUACUUUUUCCCUUAUCCCAGUGGAAUCUACGAGAGCGUUUAGAUGUAUCCUGUCUGUUAUUUAUACCUGCUUUAUAAAGAUGUCAUUAUUAACUCUUGAAUGCCUGAGGAAAAUAAG